UCACUUCCUUUCUCUGCUGUCAGGCUUGUUUCCUUGGCGACGUCGCAAACCACCGCUGCUGCCGUAAAGCGGUGGUGGGUGCCAUGGCGGAGCUGCACCCCCGCACCGGGAAGCUAGUCACCCUAAGCAACGGCAACCGGACUGCCACCAGAAAGCAGCCGGCACAAGAAUUCAAUCAAGGCCUGGUGUUGAGCUCUAGACCACUAGGACCAGGAGAGGUGUUCACUGUCAGGCUGGACCGCAAGAUGAACUCAUGGAGUGGUUCCAUGGAAAUUGGCUUGACAACUCAAGACCCCUCUCUCCUGGACUUUCCAAGUAGUGCCACAGGACUAAAAGGAGGCUCCUGGAUUGUGUCUGGUUGUUCUGUUUUGGAGGAUGGACAUUCAAUCUUAGAGGAAUAUGGACAGGAUCUGGAUCAGCUGGGCGAGGGGGAUCGUGUGGGAGUUCAACGCACUCAAUCUGGGGAGCUUCACUUGUGGGUGAAUGGCAGAGAUUGCAGCACUGCAGCCAGUGGAAUUCCACCACGGGUAUGGGCGGUGGUGGAUCUUUACGGGAAGUGUACCCAGAUCACUGUCCUGUCCUGUCAGCCACCCCCUGAUGAGGAAGACCCUGAAGAGCAGGAGGGAGCCUCUCUCCUUCCUCUUGGACACACACGGCCUGAUAAAUUCCCCAACAGUCUGGAUUCUGAGAAUGGUUUCCCCAGCACAGAACUCUCUGCUGUGGUUAGUAAUGCCAUCUUAUCGGCAUACCAUGGGAGUCUCCUGAGCGUGAGCCUCGGCUCUCCACCUCCCCCUGUCGAGCAGUCUCCCCCCACCUCUAAUGAUGCUCUUCUUUUCCAUGAGAAAUGUGGAACCCUCAUCAAGCUUAGUAAUGGAAACAAAACGGCAGAAAGGAGAAGGCCACUGGAUGAGUUCAACAAUGGGGUGGUGAUGACAAAUAGACCGCUAAGGGAUGGUGAAAUGUUUGAGAUUCGGAUAGACAAGCUGGUUGACAAAUGGUCAGGCUCCAUAGAGAUCGGGGUCACCACUCACAAUCCCAACAAUCUGGAGUAUCCUGCUACAAUGACCAAUCUCCGCUCAGGCACUAUAAUGAUGAGCGGUUGUGGGAUUCUGACUAACGGGAAGGGAACUCGCAGAGAAUACUGUGAAUUCAGUCUGGACGAGCUUCAGGAGGGCGAUCAUAUUGGACUAACAAGAAAGUCCAGCGGAGCUCUUCACUUUUACAUCAAUGGGAUGGACCAAGGUGUUGCCUCUUGUCAGACACCUCCAGUAGUUUAUGGAGUGGUUGAUCUGUAUGGUAUGGCUGUGAAAGUUACUAUUGUCCACAAUCACAACCAUGCUGAUCGUUUGCGGAGAAACAAUGCCAUCCUGCGUGCUCGGUCACCCGAUGCAGGAAGGAUAAACUCAUCCACCACAGACACUGGACAGCUUCUCUUCCAUACAAAUUGUGGACAGAAAGCAUCUAUUAUAAAUGGAGGCCGCACUGCUCUCCGACCACAUGCCACAGAUGAUUUCAACCAUGGUGUGGUCCUCAGUAACCGGCCCCUGCAAAAUAAUGAGGUCUUUCAGGUCCGUAUAGAUAAGAUGGUGGAUAAGUGGGCAGGGUCUAUUGAGAUUGGUGUCACAACGCAUAAUCCUACCUACCUGCAGCUUCCAUCCACUAUGACAAAUCUGCGUUCAGGAACAUGGAUGAUGACUGGUAAUGGGGUGAUGCACAAUGGGACAACAAUUCUGGACGAAUAUGGACACAACUUAGAUCGACUCAAGGCAGGUGACACAGUUGGGGUGGUACGUCGGGAUGAUGGCACUUUGAAUUUCUUUGUGAAUGGGGUUGCCCAAGGUGUUGCAGCUUGGAAUGUCCCAACCAACGUUUUUGCUGUUGUAGAUCUCUAUGGACAGGCAGCACAGGCCACUAUAUUAGAUGAGACAGAUACGCUGUCUCUUCCUGGUGAUGAGGAGGAAGCACUUGCUCUCACACCUGGGACUCCUUGCACAGUUCAGUCUCUCUCUGAUUUACGAUUCCAUCACUUGCAUGGCAGUAAUGCUCUGAUCACCAAUGGGGGCCGCACUGCUCUGAGGAACAACUCUCGCAGUGAAUUCAACGAUGCCAUUGUCAUGUCAAGCAGACCGCUUCGGGAUGGGGAACUUUUUGAGAUUGUUAUACAGAAGAUGGUGGAUCGGUGGUCUGGAUCUAUAGAAGCUGGAGUCACUUCUAUUCGCCCUGAAGAGCUAGAAUUUCCUAAUACAAUGACAGAUAUUGACUAUGAUACCUGGAUGCUAAGUGGUACAGCCAUCAUGCAGGAUGGGAACACACUUAGGAAUAAUUACGGGUGUGAUCUGGAUUCUCUUGGAACGGGAUCAAGAAUCGGAAUGAUGAAAACCACAAGAGGAGAUUUACACUAUUUUAUUAAUGGAGAAGAUCAAGGACCAGCUUGUACAGGCCUUCCAUCUGGAAGAGAGGUGUAUGCAGUGAUAGACCUCUACGGUCAAUGUGUGCAAGUAGCUCUGACUGGUGGCAGUGGUCUUAUAGAUAACAGUGUUUCUGCGAGUCAUGUGACAGAAAAAUCCUUCCCUACACCAUCCCCAGUUCCUAGUGUGUCUCAUCGUUUCCAUGCUGUUUGCGGAAAAAAUGUCUCUGUCCUCUGUGACGGCACAAGAGCGGAACGUAAUUUGGGUUUCGUUGAUGGGAUUGUAUUCAGUAGUAAUGAAUUACUCACUAAUGAGGUCUUCGAGGUCAGAGUAGAGCGAAUGGACGGUCAUUGGUCAGGGGGCUGUCAUAUCGGAGUUACCUCCCUCCCUCCCCAUGAUGCUCUGAGUAUUGGAGGGGGACUCCCUGCUCGGGCACUUGACCUACGUUCCCGGGUUACAUGGUUGGUAUCAGGGACAGAGGUUAAGAGGAAUGGACAGUGCCUCCGUGAGAAUUACUGCAGCAACUUGGAAAGAAUUCGGGUGGGCUGCAGGAUUGGGGUCCGCCGUGAUAGUGAUGAUACAGUUCACAUAUUGAUAAAUGGAGAAGACAUGGGACCAGCAGCCAGUGGCAUUCCUAAGGCUGUAUAUGCUGUGCUGGAUUUACAUGGGUGUGUGACUGCAAUCUCUACUGUUAGUUCCUCGGUCCUAGAGGAAUCUGAUGCCACAAAACCUCCAUCAGUGACAUCUGAGAGCGAGGAGGAAGAGGAAGUAGACCCUCCUGGUGACCCUCCACCUCCUCUUCAGCCUCAUGCUCUGCAGUUCUUACCUAAUCAUGGCAAAAAUAUCCUUCUUUCACAUGGGAAUCGUACGGCUACACGAGUGUCAAGCUACAAUCAGGGAAUUGUUGUCCUAGCUCAGCCUCUACCACGCCUCUUCUUGUUCCAGGUUCGGAUAGACCUGCUGUCUCCUCGAUGGACAUCUUCUUUGUCUCUCGGUGUUAUAGGAGUUUCUCCUGAAAGAGUAAAUUUCCCAGCAACAGCAUCAGCAAUAAAAAGAAGUUCAUGGAUCUUUCAGAGGAGCGCAGUACUUUAUAAUGGAGCCAAGAUUCGCGAUGGGUAUGGCCCCAAUCUUGACCUUUGUCCUGAGGGGACAUGUUUGGGUAUACUACUGGAUUCCUCUGGGGGGCUGCAUCUUUAUGUGAAUGGACUGGAUCAGGGAGUGGGAGCCCAGGACCUACCAGAACCCUGCUAUGUAAUGCUGGACCUUUAUGGACAGUGUGAACAGGUUUCUAUAGUAACUGGGGAAGUGCAAGGAGCAGAAUCAGAUACUCGUGAGGGGCAGUGUCCUGGAGAGAGGGAGAAGGCUGACAUGGUAGAUGGGGUGAAGGAAAGCCUGUGUUGGUCACCUCCAGAUCCCCUUGCCCUUUUGAGUUGUGAAUAUCUUGCCCUUUGUACCAGAUUCAAGGAACUCUUGCUUCUCCCAGAUGGGUAUUUCCUGGAGGAUUCAAUGCAGGUUGUUUGUCACUGUGACUCAUGUAACAAGUUACGAGGGGAUGAGAUAUACAGGAAAAGAGGAGAUCCCCCGCGGGAGUAUGCCGAACCCAGUGGCUGGUGCAGCUUUCCUCUCAGGAUAAGCCCCAGAUUGUCAUGUCCACAGUACAAGAAAUGGCACGUUGCAUAUCAAGGAAGCAGCGCAGGAAGUGUACGGCGAACUUUGGACCGAGGGGAUCUGCUGCCAAGCUCCUUGUGUGUGCUGUCUACGGUGCCACUAAAGUCUGAUCCACAGAGUGGUUUCCCUUCAGCAGAGCCCAAUGUGCUACAAAGUAGAGAAGUGCAAAGUGCGAUCUUAUCCCCCACCCUGAGAUAUGCUGGACUGCUGGAGUUCUGCCCUAAAGUGCAAUUUCGGGAUCCCCGCUCUCAGCGCCUAUUCGGAGCACAAGUUGCUCUCCAGGUGUGUGUACGCCCUGGAUCAUAUAAGAUGGGCCCUCCAUCUACAGGGACCUCUGAACUCCUAGAGUCAAGAAUUCCCAGUGAUGAGAUAGAAUGGCUGACCAAGGAAAAGGGGGCCACAGUCCUGAGGGGCUUGUUGGUUCGUGUUGAGUGACUCAGAACUUUUUGCGCAUUCUAAUGAACUCAGCACACUGAGCGAAUGGACAGAGAACAAUGGUGCCACACAGAGGGUUUUUCAUACCCUUUGGAUCAUCCCUCUUCCUUCUCUGCGCCAUUCCUCUCUUUUACUUCUCACUAUUCAGUCGACAUGCUAUAUUCCUGUCCUCUCUCUUUCUAGACCUCGGCCUUCUCUUCCUGUCUCAUGUCUGCUUUCUCCCCAAUUUUCUUUAACUCUACUCCUCCGCCUGCCCAUUAAUUUAUUGAACAGAUGAAGUAUUCCUGUGGGGGGUUUUUUCUUUCAAAUGUGAAUGCGGGAAUAUUUCUUUCACCUGUUACUUUGGGGUCUUCCCUCCCUAGUCGGACCCCUACACCCACCCUCCCCACCCUCUUAUUUAAGUUGUUAAUUUCUUUUGAUUUGUACAUUUGUUUAUUUUUUUUAAUACAUAAAUAUCUUGUACAGAAAAAAGUCUGUUUUUAUAAUAUUAAUAUGACAUAAAUAACAGAUAAAUACUGCA